CCACAUCGACGCCCGUGUCGCGCCCCCCUCCUCCUUCUUUUUCUUCGCCGGCCGAUCAUCUUAAAGCUGGUCUAGAGCUUUUCUUUGUCCCCCAUUUCCCCAGUGACCUGGUUCCUACUAUCUACUACCUACCUCAUUACCCGCAGCCAGUCGCCAUUCCUGGGUUGCCAACUGACGCCAUUGCCGUCCCACGGGUGUCUUAUCUGCCGCUCAGCACCUGCAGCGAGACUGUGAUUCAUUGGCAGACGACACAAUUCCAUUGCCCUUUUAAAACAGGGAUCACCGAUAAGGCUGCUGCUCUUCCCCUCCAUCCCCCCUCGUCUUUGCCAUCUCCAUCCUUCAUUUGAAUCUGCUUCCACCGCGAGCAUUGGGGCGUCAACUUCAACAGGACGUCUUGCGCUCAUCUGAUUAGCCUAUCGCUGCUGUGGGUGUUUGUGCCAGCCAACCCACAUUCCCCGAUUCGUUUGUUGAGAAGCUCAAGACGGCUUCAAGACGGUCUCGUGUCCCUCAAGGACAGAAAAGAGCCAGAGCUAUGAUGGCGACAAUUGCCCUUUCUCGGCCGAUUGCACCCCAUCGCAACUCAUCCAGCAUAGGCUCUUUGACAUCGACCAUCACGCUCGAUACUUCACAAUGCCCGGCCCCCGUGCCGAACAAGCACAUCCCCGUGUGUCCCCCCGGUCCCGUCCCGCAACAGGAGCCCACAACCCCACCACCGUCCCCCGGUAAGGAAGCCGACGCGCUCCACCAGUCCCUCUUAUUCCCACCCACAGAUUAUGUGCGGCUCGACUCGGGUCGUUCAUGCCUCUACAAGAUCGAUGCUGCGGGAGUGGCAGCGGCUCUGGAUUAUCUGGCUCGUCAACCGCUGCCCGACCCCUCACAGGUCUUCCCUUGGUUACACGGGCUUCAUCCCAACAAUCAGAUCCAGCUUGCUUUCUUCAUCGCCCGCAAGCGUUCUCUGAGGAAGACGCCUGGUUGUCUGCGUGGCAUCACCAUCGUCAAAGCCGAUGGCGAUCUCAACGUCUCCCGUCUCAAGGGGGCUAUCGCGCCUCACGAGUUUCUUCAGCUCGGAAAUGCCACGGCCGAGUUUCUUGAGGCAGAUCCCCGGGAGGGCUUCUCUGUACGCAACUUUCAGAUUCAAGCUGCCAAGGCAGCCAUGACCUCUGAUAUCAUCGUCUAUGGCGAUGAUGAGCUCUCUGUUCGCAAGUUAGGAUUCGAUAUAGCCGGUGCACAGCAACGAUGGCGUGAGAAACAAGAAGCCCAUCGGAAUCCUAUUCCCCAUUACAACACAUUUGUCUGUGUCAGCCCGUUUGGCGAGUUUGAGGAACUAUAUCCCGAGAUUGUGGCCGUCAACUCGUCCGGCCAGCUCACGGGUCAAGUUCUCGACUUCUUCCAUCAAGAACGGAGGGAGAUGUAUGAGAUGACCCGUGCGUCUGAGAUAUCACACAACGUCUGGCUGGGCCCAACCCCAGAUCAGGGGUCUGACGAGGAGCUCUGUUAUGACGUUUUGAUCGAGUGCAACGAUCUGGGUCGUCUCAACCCCGGAGCCUUGCAAACCAUCGCCGAGGGUAUCAAUGAACCGGACCAGCACCUUUCGGAAGCCACCCAGACCUUCCUGGAGUUUCCAUCUUCGGGCAGUAUACUAGCUCCCACCUGGUCGCACGCCGAAGCAGACGGCAUCCUCGAUACGUGCAAAUGGAUCUGGCAUCUUGCCCACGGCACCCUCCCUUCUGCCUUCUCAGCCAGUUCCAAGUUCGAUCAUGAAGAUUCCGAUGGUGAUAUCGACAUGCUCACCUCUGCCCCAUCCACACCCAACAAGCCCAGGAGAAUCCUGAUUCACUGCGCAGACGGGUACACCGAGUCAACCAUGCUCGGGCUCGCGUAUUAUUCCUUUGCCACCUUCCUUCCCAUCCCGGAAGCCUGGCUAGCCCUUCACACAACCCAGCAGCGCAACUUCUUCGCCUACCCCUCUGACGUAGCCCUCCUCACCGCCAUCGCCCCCCGCCUGUUGCAGGAAUCCCCCCUAUUUACCCUCCAGAACCGUACCUUGAGUGAUAUCACGAGUCUCAUUCGCAACGAACCAAAGUGGUUCGCUGGGUUCGACGGCUCCUUUCCCUCCAGGAUCCUAGAUUACAUGUACCUAGGAAACCUCGGCCAUGCCAACAACCCGGACUUGCUCAAGUCCCUCGGCAUCGGUCAGAUCCUCUCAGUUGGUGAGCUGGCCAUGUGGCGUGACGGUGAGCUCGAGCAAUGGGGGGAGGAGAACACGUGUGUGGUUCAAGGGGUGCAAGACAACGGAAUAGACCCCCUAACAGACGAGUUUGAACGGUGUCUAGAGUUUAUUGAACGAGGACGCCGAAACGGCACCGCCACGCUCGUCCACUGCCGCGUGGGCGUCUCCCGCUCGGCAACAAUCUGCAUCGCGGAGGUUAUGAGAUCCCUCCGGAUGAGCUUCCCCCGGGCGUACUGCUUCGUCAGGGCGAGGAGGCUCAACGUCAUCAUCCAGCCUCACCUGCGGUUCGGUUACGAGCUGCUCAAGUGGGAGGAGCAGAACCAAGGGGAGGGCUUCAAGAGGGAGCUGGAGUGGCCCGAGCUUGCGAGAGAGAUUGCCUUGAUGAAUCGACCUUAUGCUCGGUAAAAAAACACAAGAAGGAACACAUGAGCACAAUUCUCCCGCCUGGUUUGCGGGAGUGGUGGUGAACCCAUAUGAUGGGAACGGUUUGGAUAUUUGAAGUUAAAAUUGGAGAGAGGGAAAAGUAAACCCAAAAAAAAUGGGGGGACAGGUGAUCACCGAAGGAGGAGACAAUACCCUGGAUUUAUUUUUGGUUUGGAAGUCGAGGCUGGGGACAACCUCCUGAGUUGUGCAAAUGCGUCGAUUAAGUUUGGGUGUGGGUGUUUCUGGGUACGUUGUUGGAUUAUGUCUCGGGUUCUGUCUUUGGGUUCGGCUGGACACGAUCUAUUGUGCUAUUUUUCUUUCGGUGCCUUGGUUGAUUUCGGAGCGUUUCCGGUAUGGACUGAGGCUUUUCUCAGAGGCUUUGCUCACAGACAACGUUGGUUCAUGGACGGGUGGACUGGAGCGUCGUUUAUUUUUUGCCAUUCUUGUGCAAACUAUCUUUACUUUUUGGGUUAUCUCAUGACGACUGGAUGCAACACGACAACGGCAACAGCAGCACACGAUGAUGGCUUUUCUUUUUUUCUUUUUUUCUUUUUCUAGUUCUGCAACCUUUUCUUAUGAAUAUUGCAAUCUCAUUUGGGCAACAGGCAAGUAAGCAGAGCGUUCGAGUUUGCGGAUUGGAAAUGAUUUGCUUUGGACCAUGUAGGAUUGAAUAGGGUACCCGACAUGAAAUCUGGCCUCGGGCAGACGUGUUGUUUCCAGAUGACAUAUUUAUUCUGCUUAUCAAUGUUUAUUCAGCUCAGACUUUAAUAUCUUGCCUUCAUCCUGUG